UAUGGAUUAAUAGAUUGCAGCAUAUUCAAUAAAGAUAAUUGUUAAGUAUCAUUAUAUAAAGGUGUCUGUUGGCUCAAAGUUUAUUAUGAUGUUAGAAUGUAGUGAUUAUAAAGCAGAGAAUGUGUUUGCGAAUUAAAAUUAGAAUGGUAAGAAUAGUUUUUGAUUGUGGGGGUGGAGAAAAAAUGUACAAAUGUAAAUAUUAGCAAAAAGUUACCAAUUUAUUAACUAAUCAUAGCAUGUGCAAAGAGGGUUUUGAAGGGUGUACUAUAAGCUAGAAAAGUUAUGUAUCAAAUAAAUGAAGUCUUUUUCAAAAUAGGUCAAAAAUUUUUAAUGUUUUAAAAAAUAAUUGUUUCUUGGAUUCAAACAAGAGGUAUAUGUAUUGAAAAGGAGUGUGAAAAUUUGCCAUUUACUCAGGAUUAUGAAUGUAAGACAUAUUUAAGAGUAUGAAAAUAUAUAAUUAAUAAAGAUGAGUUUAAUCUAUCUAUGUUAUACAAAUAAAUGGAAUUCAUUGUGUAAAAAGGUAGUGGUGUAGUAUUGCUGAGAAUAAAUUUGGUGUUGAUGCUGAUAAAAAAAAAUAUGCGAAUAUCAUAAAGAUUAAUGUAAUAUAAAGAGCUGCCACACUGCUCAAGAUUUCCUUAAGAUCUAUCAAUAAAGCUAGGAUUAUGACAAUCUAUUAGAUUGUGUUAGAAUAAAACGAAUCUAAUAAUGUGUACUUCGUAAAAUAAAGGAUGUAAAAAUAAGCCAGGCAUGUGAUGCUUAUGAUUUUGAAAUUGGUUUUUAUUUGAUAGAAUACUAAUAUUUUAUAUGGCAUAAUGAUAAUAGUAAAUAAAAAUAAUGUUCUCAUGCUCCAAUUGAUUAUCGUCUAACAUAUUGUCACUAAUAUGGGAAUUGCAUUGUGUAAUAAAAGGAUGAUUUAAAGUGGCACCUUAUUCAUGUGAAGAGAUACUGGAAGAAUAUUUUUACGAAUUAUAAUAUAUACAGGUGCAUAUAGCUUGGGGCUAGUGCGUAUUAUUUGAUUGCAUUAAUCAGUAAAUAUUAUUAAAAUUGUUAAAAGUUGAAAAAUCAUACUAUAAAAAUCAUAAUAUAUGCUCAAAGGCAAGUUAAUUUUGCACAAGAAAUUUCGAUUUUAUAGGUUGUGCUGACUAUUUUUGGGAAAAUAUUGGAGAGAAAGAGUAUUGUUGAUUCUAGCAAUACUGAUUUGCUUGUUGAAUUCGGCAAAUUAGAUUAAUUAAUAAUCUUUCUCAACUAAAUAAAAUUUAUGAUUAAAUUAUUUAAUAGCAAGUACAAAGAACAGGGUAUAAAUAAAAUACAAUUGACAAAUCUAGCUGUUGGAAUUAUUAGUUUAACUAUUGCUGGAUUUCUAUUUGUUUUUUUUUUAAACCUACCUAAAGAUGAAUAAAGAAAAAGCCCCUAUUAAUUCAUUAGCUUUUAUUAAAUAAUGAUAAUUUUAUAAAUAUUGUUUUCUAAAAAAUUUUGA